AUGGUGGUCGUCUCGCCUGCAACCUCACGUCUCGGCAUCAUCCUCGCCGGCUGCUUGUUCUCUUUCCUCCUGUCCCACGAUCAUGUCGUCAUUGCCCACGCGGCAACCGCCUCACCGGCGCCGCCGCUUUCCUUCAGCUUCGACUUCGCAAACACCUCCGACUACAGUUUACAAGACCUCCGGUUCGAGGGCGACGCCGCCCUGAACGGCGACCUGGUCGACCUCACCUGCAACUCCGUAGAGUCCAAGGAGAACUAUUACUGCAAGGGCCGGAUGUCGUACAACCACCCGAUUCCCUUGUACGACAAGAGCACCGGCGAAGUGGCCAGCUUCGCCACAACCUUCAUCUUCGCCAUCCACUUGAUACCCAACAGGACCAAGAAGGGGGACGGCCUGACCUUCUUCCUCUCCACCUACCCGUCAAGAUUACCGCCGGAGUCGUCCAGCAAUCUCCUUGGCCUCAUCAGCAGUAGCGACACUAGCGCCGUCGGCGAAGACCGGUUCGUCGCCGUUGAGUUCGACACUUACAGCAACCCAUGGGAUCCCACGGGAGCCUCCGAUCACAUCGGCAUCGACCUCAGCUCCGUCACCUCGGUGAGCACCACCAGGUUGCCCAGCUACAGCCUCAAUGGCACCAUGACGGCGACCAUCACUUUUGUCAACACCACCCGGACGCUGGAGGCCAUCCUGCACUUUGAUUAUUCCAAUCAUUCUCUUGCCGCCGCUCGGGUGAAGACGCAGUUGCCUGAUCCUCUCGAUGCCUUGCUCCCGCCGGUGGUGGCGGUUGGGUUCUCUGCGGCCACCGGUGGAAACACUGAGCUGCAUCAGAUACACUCUUGGUCAUUCAACUCAACUAUGGCACCGAGAGCCAGAGAAACACCUACGGAAACACCUACAUGGGCUAACAAUGUCCAACCAGAGCAAGGCCAAGUGCACGCUACCAAAGGUCGUGACAAUUCGUUGAUCAUCGGAGGAGCCGUCGUUGUUGCGUUGGCCCUGGUGGUGAUAAUUUGGUCAAUCCUAUCAUGGUGUAGGUGGACACGCACGCGCGAUUCCUUUGGGACCGGAACUCGUCUUAAACGAUUCGAGUACCGCGAAGUGUCCACCGCCACCGACGGAUUCUCCGACAAGAAGAAGAUCGGAGCCGGUGGCUUCGGCGUGGUAUACAGUGGGAGCCUCAAGGCCGACCAACCGGUGGCCGUGAAGAAGAUCCUCAAGGACUCGAGGGGAGAAUUCAAGGACUUCCUCGCAGAGCUGGACGCCGUCGGCCGAACGGGCCACGGUAACGUGGUCAGGCUCGAAGGCUGGUGCUGCAGCAUAAACAAUUUCAUGUUUUGGUGCUUGCACAGACAGAACGUCAAGCUCUUCCUCGUCUAUGAACUUGUGCCUAAUGGCAACCUCCACGAGCACCUGCACGAAAGGCCUGAAGUACUGUCAUGGGCAAGGAGGUACAAAAUAGUGAAGGGCAUAGGGUCCGCUCUUCAUUACCUCCACCACCUAUGCAAGCCAUGCAUCUUGCACAGAGAUAUCAAACCAAGCAACAUACUCCUGGACCAUGAUUUCAAUGCCAAGCUUGGCGACUUUGGGCUGUCGAGGGUCGCCCAAUACGACGACGACACAUCACUGAUUACGGCAGUGGCCGUUGGGACCGUGGACUACAUGGAUCCACUGUGCAAGAAACAUGGACAGGUCAAGCUGCGCCCUAGCUCCGACGUCUACAGCUUUGGGAUCGUCCUGCUAGAGAUAUUGCAUGGAGAAAAUAACCCGGACCUUCUCCGGAAGCUCCAUAGAGAUCAGCCAGAAACAUUUGUGAGUGAUGCUGCCGACAAGAAGCUGGAUGGCCAGUUUGACAAGAUAGAGAUGGAGCGCGUGAUUGUCCUCGCCCUCCAGUGUUGUGACCUAGAUGAGAGCCAACGGCCUUCAAUGGCUGCUGCAAUGCUAUUCCUGGAGAACGGCGGAGAGUUGCCCCCUGCUACACCCGAUCGAUCAAAGCCACCAUAG